UACAUUCGGUUUUACCAGACUGUCGUCACUGUGUCUGCAUAUAAAGACUGGAUUGAGACGGCAGAAUAUUCAGACCUUUUUGACAAGAGCUUUGUGUUCUUAAAUAAAUCAUUUCGACAAAAUGAAUAACUUCUGGAAAGGAGUGAUUGUCCUGUGUGCCUCCAUCGCUGCAGCACACUGUCUGACCUGCCGUCAGUGUCCUAUUGGCAUAUUUGGAACCUGCAUUCUCUCAAAUCAAGUUACGUGCAAUAAUGCAACUGACGCCUGCUUCAUCGGAGAAGCACAGUUCAACGCCACCGGAGCUAUUAGCCUGCACACCCGCGGCUGCUUGGACGUGGACCUGUGCAAUAAAACGCUGACUGGUAACCUCUUCGGUGCAAGUUACACCAGCAGCUUCAAGUGCUGCCAAGCAAAUCUGUGCAAUGGAGCCACUUCUGUCCAGCUGCCUCUGACUGUGGCCCUCGGCGCUGCCAUCCUGUCCUCUCUGUGGGGUUUCUGGUAGUUGUAGCUCCUAAAUGAUCCCCUUAUUCACUUAAAGUUGAUUUUUAUUCAUUCUCGCCCAUAUAUCAGCUAAGUCAAUAUAGUAUUCAAUAUACUACUUUUAUGCUAUUUCUUUCUUUGCUGUUUUUCUUUAAGUCAUAUAGAAUAAGGUGAUUUUUUAUUAUUCUUUUGUAAGAGGGUUUAAGCAACUUUCUCAGACUUAAUAUCUCAAAACUGUAUUUUUAAUGGAACCCAAUAUUAUGAUAUUCUCAAUACCUACUUCAACUGGCAUUUAAUCUUUUAUUGUAGAUUUUAAUACACAAGAGCUUGUUUUGUAAAUUUGAUAAAAUGAUCAGAACAAUUAAUCCUCUAGAAAAAGAACAGAAAUGAUUCUGCUUGAUGAGAAAAUUUUCCAUAAAAUGUACUUUGAUUGUUUCUCUGCAACAUCUGGAUACAUUUUGAUUCAUGUUCUUACAAUAAAAUUUAUCACAUUAUACAAAGA